GAAAUGAGUGAAUCAAGAAAUAAGAAGACGUGCUUUGGUGGACGCACUUGUGAGGUGGUGGCGUGGGGAGUGGGGGUAAGAAGGAGUAGCCUAUAUAAGAAGUUGGAUUUUGUUUUUGUGCGCUAGUUGUGACUCGGAGCCUGCUCUGUUACGUUUUCUACACUAUUCCCGUCAGAAACUAUCAGAUAAACCACUCAAUAUAUGGAUUUUGAAGAGUACCGGAAACGAGGCAAAGAAAUGGUGGACUAUAUUGCCGAUUACUUGAUGAAUAUACGGGAACGGAGGGUGUAUCCCGAUGUGAAGCCCGGAUAUUUAAGGCAGAUGGUGCCUGAUCAUGCUCCUUUUGAUCCCGAACCCUGGGAGAAGAUUUCUGCUGAUAUUGACACCAUUAUUAUGCCCGGAGUAACACAUUGGCAAAGUCCAUAUAUGCAUGCUUAUUUUCCGGCUUUGAAUUCGUUUCCCUCUCUGCUCGGAGACAUGUUAGCCGAUGCCAUCAAUUGCCUCGGAUUCACUUGGGCAUCUAGUCCCGCUUGUACCGAACUUGAGACGGUCGUUAUGAAUUGGCUGGGAAAAAUGAUUGGACUGCCAGAUGAAUUUCUUCAUACUAGAAGUGAUAGUCCUGGUGGUGGAGUAAUACAGACUACUUCAAGUGAGGCAACCUUUAUCUGCUUAUUAGCUGGACGUACAGAAGCUAUCUAUAGAUAUAAAGAACUGGAUUACAACUUGGAGGAUGCUGAGAUUAACAGUAGAUUAGUGGCAUAUUGUUCAGAUCAGGCACACAGCUCAGUAGAAAAGGCAGGCUUGAUAGGCUUGGUGAAGAUGAGAUACAUUGAAUCUGAUGACAACCUGUCCUUGAGAGGAGAUAAGUUGGUUGAAGCGAUCGCACAAGACCGAAACAAAGGUCUCAUUCCAUUCUUCCUUUGUGCCACCUUGGGAACCACUGGGGCUUGUGCUUUUGACAAUCUGCAAGAAUUGGGACCCAUUUGUGAAAAAGAAAGAUUAUGGCUUCAUGUGGAUGCAGCUUAUGCUGGCACUGCCUUUAUUUGUCCAGAAUUUCGAAAAUGGUUGAAUGGUGUACAUUAUGCUGAUUCAAUUGCAUUCAAUCCUAGCAAAUGGAUGAUGGUUCAUUUCGAUUGUACGGCUAUGUGGGUGAAAAACAGUGGAUCGUUGCAUCGUACAUUUAAUGUGGAGCCUCUUUAUUUACAACACGAGAACUCAGGUCUGGCGAUUGAUUAUAUGGUAUGUAUUCAUGGAAUGCAAAAUUUUUUACAUUUCACCUGACUACAUACUUCAUUUGGCUUUUCUGCGCUACUGAUAAUUGCAGAGCAAUUGUAAUAUAAUAUAUAGCACUCAAGUACUUCAAUACACA